GUGACUGCAUCCGGCGGCAGGCUCUCUGCCUUUGUUCGCUAGCUUGGAAGGCACCAAGACAAGACAGAGCCGCAUCCAUGCAGUAGCAGCACUUUUUCUUUUUCUUAAUUUUUUUUUUUGGAAAAUGAUCAUCUGUACGAAUAAAAUGGAGUACCCCCUAAGAACCCAGCGCCAGCGAGUGCAUAAACAGGUGAUGGUGAACGGUGAGAAGGAGCGAGUGUCGCUGCUGUUCAUGAAGGCUCUGGUCAGCACGGGGAGCGUGGAUGCCGUGUCCCAGCAGAUGGCCUCUCACCCUCAGUACUUGGAGAGCUUCCUGCGCACGCAGCACUACAUCCUGCACAUGGACGGCCCCCUGCCACUACCAUACCGCCAUUACAUCGCCAUCAUGGCUGCUGCGCGACAUCACUGCAACUACCUGGUGUACCUGCACUCAGCCCAGUUUCUAAGGGUGGGUGGAGACCCUCUGUGGUUGCAGGGUUUGGAGGCGGCGCCCCCUCGCCUUCGCCUCCUUGACCACAUCAACAAGGUGCUGGCCCACCAACCCUGGCUCACUGCCUGCUCACACAUCCAGACACUGCUGAAGUCGGGCGAGCAGUGCUGGUCACUGGCUGAGCUGGUUCAGGCUGUGGUGAUCCUGGCCCACUGCCACUCCCUCUGCAGCUUUGUGUUUGGAUGCGACACAGACUCAGAUGUUGUCCCGCUCUCCAAAUCUCCUAACGGGACCCCACCGACCUUCUGCCCCUUUGAUGCUGCCAACGGCAACACCAAUGUGCCUCAGUCGCCUGCCACUCCCUCCGAACACAUAACACGACGACGGUCUCUUGACUCCAGCUGUGACAUAGUGUGUCUAAAGGAGAGGAUUCAGAAGUCCCAGGAGGAGCGUGAGAAGAGAGAGGAGCGUCUCCUACAGACCCAAACACUCCAGCAGACAGAUAUGGAAGAAGAGGAGGAGAUGAUUUGCCUUGCAGACCCGAUGCGGUUCAUCACAGACCCUGACUUUUGCUAUCAGGAGUUUGCUCGUAGGGAGGAGGACCACUUUCAAGUAUUUAGAGUUCAGGACUAUUCAUGGGAGGACCACGGUUUCUCCUUAGUCAACAGGUUGUAUUCGGACAUCGGGCACCUCCUGGACGACCGGUUCAGGAGCGUGGCCACCCUCCCCUCGUUGCACAGCCCUGACCUGAAGAGGGCGAUCUGGAAUUACAUCCAUUGUGUGUUAGGAAUAAGGUAUGACGAUUAUGAUUACGGAGAAGUGAACCAGUUGCUGGAGCGGGAUUUGAAGCUGUACAUCAAGACUGUCUCCUGUUUUCCGGACGCCACCAAAACCCCAGUGUGUCCGCUGAGUUGGGCCCCACUUAAAACCUCAGAACGGAUACACGUGAAUUUACUAAUCAUGGAGGCCCGGCUGCAGGCUGAGCUGCUAUAUGCUCUGAGAGCCAUCACUCAGUACAUGAUUGCCUAAGUGCUCGGAGAGGCACAAAGCUAAAACUUUCCGCUGGUACAGAGAGACCCAGAGACGUGAGGAUAAAGAAAUCUCAACAGCAGACGGUGAAGUGGGACAAGAGCAGCACUUUUAAUGGACACAGAGCUCCAUCGUUUCGUAGCUGUGCCUCAUGAUUGUGCUUUUCUUUUUCUCAGAUUUAAUGUAUUUAUACCAUAGUGUGCCACAACCCCCCGUGCCCCCUGCCCCUUCUGCAGAUUCUCCUGUUGUGAAGUCCUCUUAUCAAACAUCUCGGCUCUCAAAGUUUAUGUGCAAUUAUUACUAGAGUUGUUUUAAUUUUUACCUGUUGUUUUGUGUUCCAGCUCAGUCUGUGAGAAACUGCUUGGUGGUAGCAGUGUGUUAGAGUGGCCAAAAGUCUCCCUUUUUAGUUUGAUCUCCUUUUGUAUUAACUAUGCUUUACCCCCUCGAAAAAAAGAAUCUUUUUGAACAAGUUGAAUAAAUGUUGAUGGGAGACCAGGGCCUUUGUUUUUUUGGGACAAUCUUUGUCAGUGUUGGAGGAGGACAUUAAGUGGACGGUGAAGGAUGACUGUCAUUCUGUCCCUAACGUUUCGUAUUAAUGCUGGUCAAGAACAAACAACAGUGACACUGCUGGAAGUUAUCACAUCACUAUAGUUUCUUUUAAUAAGCACUUUUUUAAACUUUAUAUAUUUAUAAUGCAAGGUAGCUCAUUAGUAGACAUUGAGACGCACAGUGUGUGGGUCUGAAGCCUUUCCUCUCCACUGUACGACGUGUAAUGAAGACUUUUAGACGUCUUCAGAUUUUCAGACUUUGCUUUUGUUCCCAACCCCAGAUUUCUGGGUGAAGUAACUUGAUCCGAGAUAUUUCAGUGAAUCGUUGGAAGGAUUUUGAAGGUAGCCGUGUUUGCAAAACACAGUUUAAACCUGAUGAUAAGAAAAUUUGCAACUAAAGAGGUCAGUGAGCUGUUUCCUAUGGUGAAGAUUAAGCUGAGCCAUUCGCUAAAUGAUUGUUUUGUUUGGACUGAUGGGCGUCAGAAAUGAUCAAAUCGGAGACCGAAUUUCAGGCCAAAGCUCAACCUGUCACAACAGUGAUGAAUUAGAUAGAUGGAAAAUGCCCAGAAGUAGAUCUGCACUGGUCAUGAGUUUAGGUUGAGCUGUUUUGCUCAAAGCUUUGUGUUAAAGCUU